AUGGGCCUCCGAGAUAUGCUAAAGAAGCGGGAUGAACGGGCGGAUGGCACCACAAAGGGGAAGGCCGUUCAGGUGCCGGCUCCGGCCGAGAUCACAUUGAUACGUUCAGACACACACUCUCAAGAGGUCAUACAGCCGCCAGGCGAUGGUGCCAACGACUUGCGUGGUACGCCAACGUCGCGUACCGGCAGCAGAUCUCCCCAGCCCAGCCUCGAUUUCUUCCGUCCACAGUCGGACGAAUCACACGGCGCGUCUCCGUCAUCAGAGACGAAUCGCCCGUCCUCGUCGGUUAAGCGUCGCCUCUCGGAACGCCUGCACCUCGGCCGGCAGCUUCCGUCGUCGGAGAGAGUACCAUCCAAUCUACCCGCCAUCGUCACCUCAGCCAACCCACAGGAGGACAAGGACGGCACCGAAUCGCAAUGGGAGAAGCGCGCGACGAUUCUGGCGGAGCAUAACGAGCUCGCAAGUAGUCGGCCGACGACGCCCGCCGCGGGCCAGAUGGACGAAAGGCCGGUGCCCACGAGCCUCGACGAUGGCCGAAACCCCUCUCCCGUGCUGUCGCCGCAGAUUGAUCUUGUUAUCCAAGAAGCAAUUCAUUGCCAUGAAGAGGGGCAGUUGGAGAAAUCAACUGCCAUUUUCGCCCGACUGGCUGAUCCCCAGGGGGCAAACAACCCCCUGAGUCAAGUGCUCUACGGGCUUGCCUUGAGGCACGGAUGGGGUUGUGAACCGGACCCCGAGGCCGCCGUUCGCUAUCUAUCGGCUGCGGCUUCCAACGCUGCGACUGUCGAGCAGAUGGCCCUCGCGGCCGGCAUGAAGAAAGGGGGCGCUGCCAAGGGUGAGCUGGUGUUGGCCAUUUUCGAGUUGGCCAACUGCUUUCGUCACGGUUGGGGCAUACCAAAAGACUCCGUUGCGGCGAAGCAGUACUAUGAGACUGCGGCGAAUCUCGGCGAUACAGAUGCCAUGAACGAAGUGGCAUGGUGCUAUCUUGAGGGGUUUGGAUGCAAAAAGGAUAAGGUAUGA